GUUCUGUACAGAGCGAGACCUAUCCGGAGCGAGGGAAAGGAGGCUAUUUCUUGCAGCAUCGAAAGGGUUAACUGUAGUCAUAGAAGCUGACGAACUGAAUUAGCUAAUUUUAUUUGAGAGUUAAGAAGUAAGAUCAGUCAAGUUUCUUUUAUUUAUUUUUUUAAAUCAUAACCAUGUUACAAAUAUAGCCAAUGUUGCUUUAUUUAAGAAAUAGAAAAACAUACUUUACAAAGCCUGGAGACUUCUAUAAAGGACUUUUAUCUUCAACCACACCGUGACUUAAACCUGGAGAUAGCUAGCUAGCUUGUUGACAAACCUACUUGCCGUUCCCAGUUGUCAAGAUGUCAGAAGCAGGCGAUCAGAAGACCCAUCACACGAAAACUUCUCGCACCACUUCAGGUGUGAGCUCUUCAGUUUUGGAGCAUCCUACAGCCAAUGAGAAUGGUGGACAGGAGGGUGACGAUAGGGGGCGAUACAGAGAUGGCCAGCAAGCAGACGGCAACACUAUUACUAUGAAGCAAAUGCAAGGGGAGCAGCUGGAGGUGUGUCCAGGGCUGGUGGCUAGAGACGCACACCCCUUGUGCCCAGCAACAGCUCAGCCUUGUCAGGAGCCCGAUGCUGGUAAUGCAGUCGGGGAGGACGGACUUGUCGCUCGCGGCAACAGUGGAGACAAACCCAGAGAAGAGACUUUGAGUCAGGUGCAGGGCGAAAGUGGUAGCCACAUUAAGAGGGUAAACUCCGGUUGCCCCGGCGGUAGGACCCAGCCUUUGCCCGAUGCGCGACUAGGCAAGAAGAAACAUCGCCGACGACCCUCCAAGAAGAAGCGACGCUGGAAGCCCUAUUUCAAACUGUCAUGGGAGGAAAAGAAGGAGCUCGACGAACGAGAGACUGCACGGGCAUCCCGCAUGCGAGCCGAAAUGUUUGCCAAAGGUCUCCCCGUCGCCCCCUACAACACGACGCAGUUCCUGAUGGAAGAGCACGACCGUGAGGAACCCGACCUCAACACCGAGCUGGGAGGCAGGCGCAUCUUGGGCGCUUGUCGCUCGGACGAUUCCAGCGAGGAGGACUGUGUCGAUCACGAGGAGGAAGAGGAUGGCAGCGGAGGUGGCAGUGAUGGCAUGGGGAGGCCAGGGAACGCUGGAGGGGAGUUUCUCCAGAGGGACUUUUCUGAGACCUAUGAGAAAUACCACGUCGAGAGCCUGCAGAACAUGACCAAGGCAGAGUUGGUGCGUGAGUACCUUGAGUUAGAAAAGUGCAUGUCACGCCUAGAGGAGGAGAAUAAUCGGCUCCGCCGAACCAGGAGAAGCCCGGACAUAACCGCAGAAACCCCGGUUGCCCAGCCUGACGCGUUGCGCCUCAGAGAGCUGGAGGGCGAACUUGAGAGACUGAGAGCACAGAACACUGAGCUUCGUCGGCAGAACCAGUUGUACACCGAACGGGGGCAGACCGUCGAGAAACAAGAAAAUGAAUAAAAGACGUUAAAUGUCUUGAUAUUCAGGGGCUGGUCAUGUAAGUUCUUUCUGUUUUCUGUUUUUUUUUUCAAUGUGACUUCUGUUUAUUGUUAGUUAAUUGGUUUGACAGCUCAUUGGACUGUACUCUGUUUCAUUGCAAUAUUCAUUACUAUUCAGUUUUUACACAGCGUUACGAGUUUACAUUUUCGACGUGAAAUGUAAAAAUGACACAAAGUCCAUUGUUUAAUGAGCAAAAGGGGAGGGUUUGUUAUCAUUUCCCUCUUUCAUGCCACAUCUUAAAACUAUUCAGUGCUAAAGCUGGUUGACCAGCAGGACAUGUUUUCUCCAAGUUUGAGCUCUGUCCUAAACUGUUAUGAAUUUGUCAGCUUCUGAAGAAACUAUGGUCAUAAUAUUGAAUGUGUAAAUAUAUAAAGAAAUGAAAUGG